GUGUUUGAGCUCUUCUCUGCCGUCCUGAAGUACUUUCCUGGUGUCCACAGACAAAUCUCCAAAAACCUUCAGGAAAUCCUUGACUACAUUGGCCAUAGCGUGGAGCAGCACAAGGCCACCUUGGACCCCAGUGCUCCACGAGACUUCAUUGAUACCUACCUUUUGCGCAUGGAGAAGGAGAAGUCCAACCACCAUACAGAGUUCCAUCACCAGAACCUCGUGAUCUCUGUGCUCUCUCUCUUCUUUGCUGGCACCGAGACCACCAGCACAACGCUCCGUUACAGCUUCCUGAUCAUGCUCAAGUACCCCCAUGUUGCAGAGAAAGUCCAAAAGGAGAUUGAUCAGGUGAUCGGCUCACACCGGCUACCAACUCUUGAUGAUCGAACCAAAAUGCCAUACACUGAUGCAGUUAUCCACGAAAUUCAGAGAUUUACAGAUCUCGCCCNGAUUGGUCUACCACACAGAGUCACCAAAGACACACUGUUCCGAGGAUACCUGCUCCCCAAG